UGUGUCCUGCGGGAGGAGAGGGCGCAGCUCCGGUUGUUAUGGUGAAGCAUUUCCCCAGAGGGCUGGCAGGAGUAGGAGCUGGGGACAGCAGCUGAUUCAGUUUCACAGGCGCAAACCUGCACAGGAGCUACAACUGACAGUCAACUCAACAGCUUAAAGUUGAAGACAGAAGGCAAUGUUGUUGAGGGACGGAUCAUUGAAACCUUCGUUCACAGCUCUUUUCUUCUGAAGACCUGCCAAAAAAGUGCAACAACAACAAUAAGAACGAGAAGUUGACUUUGGAAUAGUCUCAACUCACCACCAUGGGAUACAUGCAUCCUGUCACUUAAAGUAGGCCUUAUGUAAAUCCUAUGGAUGCCCCUUUAGGCACCAUAUACUCACUAUUGAUUCUCAAGGUCUUGCUCUCUGUUGGAUCCAAUUCCUGGACACAGUCACCACCACUUUUGAUUAGAAGCUCAGAUGGAGCAUCCAACCUGGAGAAUAGUUUGACUCUACCUUUCUAGCACUACCUUUUUUCUCUCGUUCUCUCUUUUCCCUCAGUGGAUCAUUGGCCACAGUUGAUAUGGAUGGGAGAACUGACAGUUGGUUACAAUCCAUAGCUUGGAUGAUAAUGUUUUGGACCUCUUUCUCUCUCCUUUUCCCCAUUACACCAUAAGAGUUGUUACCAUGAAAGAUGUGAAAGAGACAUUGCAAAAAUUCUACGUGUUGCUUACUUCUGAAAGCAAGGUGAUAUCUGUCACCUGAUUGCGCAACAUAAGUUGUUUUGUUUCAUCAUACUUUACAUUUUUGCUGCUUUGUCCAUACAUUUACAGAUAUACUGCAUUAUCUGUUUGUGCUCUUCUACAGGCCCUAACGUAGGCCUGUUUGGCCUUACAGAAGGGCCUCUUUGGGAGGCAUAAAGGAAGUAUAUGAUAAAUUUAGAAACCUGAAACAUUUUAUAUUGAAUAUCCUUUUGGACUAAGAGAAACAAACAGUAACAGAGAAGCCACUGUGACAGUUCAUAGUGUUGUGGUGGCAUGGCAUCAGAGCACAGCGAGCUGUUGGCUGAGAUGGCCACAAUCGGGCGUUUGAGUGCCACCGAACGCCUAAAGCACGCCCAGAAACAGCGCACUCAGCAGCUGAAAGGAUGGGCGCAGAUGGAGAAGGAUGCAACACGAGGGUCAAGGGCCAAAGCAGAUAAGAAGAAGCCGCGCACCACCAAAGUUACAUUCCCAAAGGCCAUCACCCUGCUAGAUGCAGCUGCACGCAAUGACCUGGAUGAGGUGAGGGAGCUACUUAACAGUGGUGUCAGCCCAGAUCUGGUCAAUGAGGAUGGACUGACAGCCCUACAUCAGUGCUGCAUUGAUGACUUUGUGGAGAUAGUGCAGUGCCUGCUGGAUGCUGGUGCCUGUGUGAAUGCCUGUGACAGUGAGCUGUGGACACCGCUGCAUGCUGCUGCCACCUGUGGACACACUGGAUUGGUGCAGCUCCUGAUUCAGGCUGGGGCUGACCUGCUGGCUGUCAAUGCGGAUGGUAACAUGCCCUAUGACCUCUGUGAGGAUGAGGCCACCCUCGAGCUGCUGGAGAUGAUUAUGGCUGAACAAGGGAUAACUCAGGACCGCAUAGAUGAAUGUCGAGGGGCUAAAGAGGCGGCCAUGCUCGCUGACGUUCAGGCUCUGGUUAACAGCGAAGCAGACUUGAAUGCACAGGACGCUAAUGGAACAGCACUGCUCCAUAUAGCAGCUGCUAAUGGCUACAUGUCCGUGGCGGAGCUAUUGAUAGAGCACAGAGCUCUGGUGGAGGUGAAGGACUCUGAUGGCUGGACGCCACUACACGCUGCAUCCUGCUGGGGACAAAUCCAAGUGGUGGAACUGUUGGUGGCCCAUGGAGCCAGUUUAAACACCAAGUCUGUCCUGGAGGAGACCCCUCUGGACGUGUGUAUGGAUGAAGAGGUCAGAGCCAAACUGAUGGACCUGAAGCACAAACAUGAUGCCAUCAUGAAGAGCCAGGACCGGCAGAAGGGCACGCUGCAAAGACGAGCCUCUAGUACUGGCAGCAGAGGUAAGGUGGUACGUCGUGUCAGUGUGAAUGAGCGCUCCAGUCUGUACCGGCGGGAGCACCACAAAGAGGCCAUGGUGUGGCAGGAGCGCGGCCGACAGCCAGAGCCACAUGACGACGACGAGGACAGACAAACCGAUAAUGAGCUGAACCAGCAUGCCACCAUGGUUGCUGGUGGUGGAGCCGCAUCACGUUUAGAGGAACUGGAGGCUGCAGACAGGAAAAUCCUGUCCAGCCUAGGUAAUGGAGGCACCUCUGUUUCUCUGUCCUCCUCUGUACCUGGAGAGCUGUGGACUGGUGGAGGUCUCAUGGAUCGCAGCGCCUCGUACCAGCUCAGCCCUGCAUCCGGGUCAGGGUCUGCAGAGGGAGAGGGGGCAGACAGUAUGACUCGAGAGAAAUCACACCAUACCCUGGCUGACCUGAAACGCCAGCGGGCAGCUGCCAAGCUCAAUAAGUACCCAGCGCCUCCCCCGCCAUUGGCCACUUCCUUGGAGGAGGAGCCUUCUGUUGCAGUGGCCGAGGUGACAAACACUCAGGCCCAGCCAGAGCUCCAAAUGACCCCCAAUGCAGAGGAGGUAGCCUCCCCGAGCCAGGUGUACUUCACCCCAGCCAGCGGAGACCCUCCGCUGCUGAAACUCCGAGCCCCUGAGGAGGACCAGUCUAACAAUAAGGAGCCUUGCUGUGGACUCAUGUAGACAGCCUGGCACACACAGAGACAAACACACUUUUUUUUAUUUUAUUUUUUUUUUUUGUUCUAGAAGGCGCGGAACUCUCCAGAUGCCUCUCCGUCAGCUCCUCAAAAUUUAUGCUGAAUUGUCUGUUUUACAAAUAUUAGUUGUGCUUUAUGUGCUUGACGUUACACGGUGAUGGCAUGUGGCAAUAAGUCCCUCAUCAAAAUCGGGAAAUCAACUUUCCAGUCUCCUGCUGACUCUGCUAGUACUCGCAGAGGAAAAGGGGAAGAUGGCUAUCAGCUACGACCUAUGGCUACGAUCCCGACUACGUGGACAAGCAAGACCAUCUCUGCGUCCAUCUCUAAAUCAGAGUGGGCACCGAGGCAAGUGUGGAGGAAUUAAACACCGACUGGCCACCUCUCUGCUGGGCAUCCUGCUAGCCAGUGUGCAGGCGUCGGACGGUGAGCUAAGUGGCCUCCGUCACUUUCCAGCAAGAUGUCUGGAGCUGUGGUGUCCUUUCGCCGAGACUUUGGCUGGAUCCAGGAGUGCCAUUUAACUGGUGGGGACUAUUUUUGUGCGUGCUGAUGUGACAGCCACAUUCUGCUUAAUGAUGAAUCGUGCGCAAGUUUAAGGAGCUGAUUGGAUAACAUUUCAUUGGAAUUGUGUCUCAUAGGAUUUCAUGUGACAAAUAUAAUGGAUUGAUUGAUUGACACACAUAGUGCCUAUAGAGUAUAGAAGCUGGGCAUUUUACACUCCAAAAGUGGCAAAAACCUUUCAAAACAGAAAUGCUUGAAAUAUAUCAUUGAAGACUGUAAGUUAAGGCCACAUGCCAAUGAGGGGUUGAUCUACACUGCAUUUCAAUGAACUGAAGUGCAAUCUUUGUGCUUAUUUCCAAUUUUGCUUAUCUUUUUUCAAUAUGAUACACACUUUACACUAAAGGUCCUACCAUUAGCUGUUGCUCCCUCUUAUUUAUCGACUGCACCAUCUGUUGGACGGCAGGUGCCCUUUUAGUGACGCAGUGAACUACAGAUUCCAGUUUUGCUAUCACAAGAAAAUAUUUACUUUCCUCAGUCUUUGUUCAAUACUUACUAUAUCUUACUACACUACUCAACUAAAUUGACAUUUCAUUAAAAAGCCUUAGAAUUGUGUAAAAGUUGAUUUUAUCCAUGUAAAGCUGAAUGAAAUUGAAUGGCAGUUCAAGAUGAUCUGUUUUAAAUUAAGAAUGAGGUUAAAGUUCUGUUUCCUUCACUGAGUGCUAUAAUCUUUCGUAUACAUUUACAUUAUAGGCCAGUUUUUUUCUGGUUGGGAUAUUUUUUUAUCAUAGGGGAUAGUUUUAGUAUACAGUAGAGUUACAGUACUCUGAAUUUACACAUUCACACACAGAUGAAAACAAGGACUGUUUCCUUGCUUGAUUUUUUUUCUUGGAUUGAAAAUAUACUGAAGUUUUUUUUUUUUUUUUCUUCAGUGCACAGAAAAGCCUACAUUUCAAUAUUUCUAAUUGUGCAAUUUGUAAAUUGUUUGUCUCUAAAAGUAUGUGAGAUCAUCUACAAAUAUUUCAUUCCGUAGAUAAUUUACUCAGCCCAUCAUUAUCAUUUCCAGAUUUCUGUCCUCAUUUCAAUUUUUCUACCCUCUGAAUGGAAUCCUAUUAUUUAUUCUAUUUGAUACUGUAUAUUGCUGAUGGUGUACAGUUCUAUUUUUUAAAGCUAAAAUUGUGAA